AAAUGAUUCCGUUGGUAUGGAUGUUGAAGGUCUGUUCGUUUUUAUAUGCUUGAUAAUUAUAUCUGCUAAUCUAUACGUUAUUGGGAGUAUGUUCUUGUUAAGUUUAUUCAUGCAGGUCUAAAUGAGACAUCUUAUGGGUAUAUAUCCAUGCUGCAGAAUUUUAAGACCACCUGAUUUAAACAUGUGGUGUUUAUUCAGUGAUCUGUAUGAUCCAAACAGGUGGAGAGGUGUAAGACAUAUGCAGAGGCACCUGCACAAUAUGGAAAAGUAGAUACACAAAGGUUCAUCAUUUUAUACUCUGUUUAGGUUGAGACAACAUGGGGAAUGGGUUGGUUGCAUACUGUUCACCAAAGUCCUGGAGAAGGCAGAAGAAAGAAGUCUCCUUGCCUAGCCCAGGCAGCUUUGAUGAACUGCAUAAAAGCUGUAAAGAGGUCUUCCCGCAACAAAUGGAAGGAGUAAAGCUGAUUAUAAACAAGCACUUCAGUAACCAUUUUCAGAUCAGCCACAGUAUACAUAUGAGCACGGUCGGCCUGUCCAGUUAUCAUUUCAAUGCCAAGUAUUUUGGGGACCACCAACCUAGCCCCUCAGAGAAUUUUCCCACUUUGAUCGGGGAUAUAGAUAACAUGGGGAGCUUAAAUGCUCAGAUCAUGUGUCUGCUGGCUGAUCGGGUCCGAUCCAAAUCGGUGUUCCAGACCCAUCACUCCAAGUUCCAGACCUGGCAGAUUGAUGCAGAGUACAGAGGGGACACUUGCACAGGGACAUUGACCUUUGGAAACCCGGACAUUAUCAAUGAAUCAGUGAUCAUGGUUACUCACUUCCUGCAAAGCAUUACACCUCGGCUGGUUCUGGGUGGGGAAUUGGUUUACCACCAACGAAUGGGUGAGGAAAUGGCUAUCCUUACUUUGGCAGGAAAAUAUACAGCACAGAACUGGGUGGCAACAUUGAACAUUGGGUAUGGAGGCGCUCAUGCCAGCUACUAUCACAAAGCAAAUGAACAGAUUCAGGUUGGAGUGGAGUUUGAAGCCAACACUAGGCUCCAGGAGACUUCCUUUGCUUUCGGCUACCAGCUAAACAUUCCAAAAGCCAAUGUGGUUUUCAAAGGCUCGGUGGACAGUUCCUGGUGUGUUGGGGGAGUGUUGGAGAAAAAGCUUCACCCACUACCUGUUACUCUUGCACUUGGGGCAUUUAUGAACCACUUGAAGAAUAAGUUCCACUGUGGGUUCAGUAUAAUGGUGGGGUGAAAUAAGUAAUAUUUUGUGGGUUGACUUCCUUUAGGGCUUCCGAGACCUAUAAAAACUUGAUCCUCUGUUGCUGAUCUCCCUUUCCAAUUACCUAAUAACCCUUGUCUUCUCACCCUCCCUACAAGGAGGAAUCCCAAAAAUGUAAGCACCUCACCGUAUGGUGUAUCAGAUAGUUGGACUGAGAACUGUUUUGUUACAUGUCCCCAGUCCAUAAACUAAAACACAGUCAGUGUUAAUCUUUUCUGUGCUGUAGAAGAAAUGCUCCUACCCAACAGAUUCACUGCAAGAGACUUCUGAAAUAAAUCUGCAUUAAUGCAGAACAAUAAGCAGGUUAAACUUUACAGGAUGCUCCCAGGAAUGUACCACCUGUGACGUAGUAACAGGUGGUCUAAAAAUGGUUGGAUUGUUUUCCCUAUUUUACAAAUCCUGCAGGGCACAGUUUGUUGUCUUGUGAUGAGCACCAGUUUCCUUUCUGUCUCAGGGCUAGCUUUCAUUUUCAGUACGUAUUGCUGGCCUCUCCAUCUUAGCAGGGUUUCAUCUGUUGGAGAAGCUGUUUGUACAAUUAUUUAAAAACUAUUUGCUUUCCUUUACUGUUGGUCUGCUUGUUUUUUUUAACAUUUUGGAUUCAGAAUGAAAACUAACAGUAGCAGUUUAUAUUACUUAGGAAUUACAAUCUUUCCUAAUCAAUCAUCAUUAAAAGGACAGAUCCAAUACAUCAUUUUGAUUACUUAUUGUUACAUACUAGAGUAGCAUCCUGCAACUGGUCCCACAUCUAUAAGCUUGUAAGAAGUACAUGAAACAUUUAAAUAUUCGUUUGUUAGGAGCCAAAAAUGUCUGCUAAGCUCCGCCCACCUAUUGUGUGUAUAUUUUGGUACAUUAAGUUUCUCCUAUCACGAUCGACUCUUAAAUAAGAGUUCCUACUCAAACAUGCUGAUUUGUGUUUGUGCAAUUUGAAAUAACUAACAAAAAUAUUACAUUUGUACUGCUAAACUGUCAUACUAUGAAAUGGCUAAAUAUAAAUUUGUAAUAAUUUUUUUUAAAGUUUCAUGUACUUCUUACAAGCUUAUACAAGUGGAACCCGUUGCAAGAUUCUUGUCUGGUAUGUAACAAUAAGUAAUAAAGAAUAAGUAUUGGGUCUAGACUGUCCCUUUAAUCUGUAUUGAUUUGGAGGAGACAGUCAUGCGUAACAUAUUUUAGAAACAUUUGAACUAUUUUAAGAAAUGUGAUAACAUUCAGGUGAGAAGAAAGGGUACUAAUGUCAAUGUUCCAGAACACUUUUUUAAUAAUAAAAUUGUUUGCCUUAAUAGUACAA